AGAAACAAAGAAACAGAGAGAGAGAGAGAGAGAGAGAGAGAGAGAGAGAGAGAGAGAGAGAGAGAGAGAGAGAGAGAGACGUACAGUCACGCACAAGAAGAAAGGCGAAAGACGAAGCAUAGAAGCAGCGGCGGCGGCGUUGUAAAUUCAAUAUGAUCACAAAUUGACAAGCUGCCUCCACGUCCCCGGACCUUCUGAUGGGACAAGACGCGCCUACAGCCACGCUCCCACGAUUGACGGAGGAUUGACGGGGCGGAUAAGGUUAGCGGGGCGGGGGUACGGGGACGGGGCGGGCGAAGGGAUGACUUUAAACGGAGCGAACGAGGGAUGAUGGUGAGUGGAAUGGGGGGUUUGAAGGGGCGAAGGGAUGGUUUGAAGGGGCGAAGGGAUGGUUUGAAGGGGUGAAGGGAUGGUUUGAAGGGACGAAGGGAUGGUUUGAAGGGGGAAGCGAUGGUUUGAAGGGACGAGUUGGACGGGCGAGAAGUGAAUAGAUAAAGAUAGAAUAGAUAGAUGGAUAGAAUAGAAAGAAUAAAACAAGAUAAAGAAGAUAGAAAGGAGAGAAAAGAUGAUAAUAGUGAUGAUAAUGAUAAUAUGAUGAAAAGAAGAAGAAGGAGAAGGAGAUAAAAGAUGUUGAUGGUGGUGAUGAUGGUUAGUAUUGGUGAUGAAAAUGGGUGAUGAGUACCUACUGGUGGUGAUGAUGAUAGUGGUGAUGAUUGAACAAGUGAGAUGAGGAGGAGGAGAAGAUAGAAGAAGGGGAGGAGAUGAUAGUAUGGUAUGAAAAGCGAUAUUGGUGUUGAAGAUAGGUGGUGAAACUGAUGGUGUUGAAGGUGAUGAUGAUGGGUGAGUCUUAGUCGAAUAUAUCUUGGUGUUAUUGAUAGAGAAUUUAAUACAGAUAGAUAAGGAAAGAAGUGUGUGUGUGUGUGUGUGUGUGUGUGUGUGUGUGUGUGUGUGUGUGUUCGUGUGUGUGUGUUCCCCGCUCCCUUCUACAUCAAGUACCAUUCCGUCAUUAUCUCGAGACAGUAUUUCGAAGCUCCGACACAUUCACUGACACCUCAACUCCCUCUCUCCCUCCUUCUUUCCUACCUCCCUCCCUCCCUACCUCCAUUUCUGCCGCUAGAUGUCUCUGUUAUAAAAUUUUGCUUAAGGGGUAACAAUUAUAUAUUUUUCUUAUCGUUUAUUUAUGUUAUUUUCGUCUAAUAUCACUUGGAAAAUAUACAAACUUAUUAUUAUUUUGUUUUUCUUCGUAUUCGUAACGUGUAGAUUUGGUUAGGUUAUCGGCGCAUUCGUAAAAUAAGACAUAUAUAUCGAACCUUCAAGACCCCGUUUUCUAUAAUCUUUCCACGGUGAAAAAAGGAAAAAAAAGAGUUGUCAGUUUGCGUCUGUGUCGUGCGGGGAGGUUGUUGCGGCUGCGUGUGACCUGUUUGUGUGUGUGUGUGUGUGUGUGUGUGUGUGUGUGUGUUAUCCGUCGCUGUGAGAAGCUGUGGACGUAUUUCUGUGUCUCCAAGAAGGUCCGGUAGCCAGGAAGGGGAGGAAUUUGCUGUGUUAAAAGCAGCUCAAGAUGUCGGCAGCGGAGGAGGCCAGUGUGAGCAGCUCCCGGGAGAGUGAGGCGGACAGCAUCGAGCAGCACGCACACUCUGACACCAGCAAGGAUGACUCAGCACUGCCCAGCACUGCAGAGGAGAGCAACGACACGACACUCUCGGCCCUGUCCAACACAUCCAGCAAGUGCGACUCCCGGCAAGACCUGGAAAACUCCGACAAGAAAUCUCUGGACGGCACUAAUGUCAGUAAAACAAAAACGCAAAAGAGCAAGAUCAAGGUAGUGCAGUCCCGGUACAAGGCAGCGGCAGCGGCGGCGACAAAAAACAGCAACAACAGCAGUGGCAACAACAACAGCAGUAGCAGCGGCAGCCAGAGCAGGAGUUGGUCAAAUGAAACCUUGCCCGCUCGCCCGCCCCCCGCCGGCAAGAGGCUGCCACCCAAGACCAAGCCCAAGAGAGCCACCAUUCCCAUUGGACACACCACCACCACCACCAUACAACCAGCCACGCCGCGCUUCCAGACACCACAGACAGGGGGAGCUGGGAGUGCCGCCAAGCCUAGGACAGCCAAGCCCGGUGCCAGCAAACCCAGCAAAGUGAACCGGUCCAUCCUGCACUCCACGGCACUUAACAUGACGCUGAUGGGGGAUGUGACCAGCGUAAAGAGCGGCCACCCUAUGCUGAGUUCAACACUUCUGGGCGGCGUCACCCCUGGCCCGGGAGGCUUCAAGCAGACCCCUGCCGGAGCCUCGUUGAUGGAGUUGCCGGAUCUCUCGGUCAUCAACCCCGAGGGAAACAACAGCGGGAACAGAACCAUUCUCUCGUCUGUUAGUGAGGAGCCGCAGAUCGACAUUGAGGGCACCACCACCACCACCACCACCACCGCCCUGCCCGAGGUGACGGCGGAGGUGCUGGAGCAGGAAUUCAUGAGGUACCUCCAGUGGGCUUAUGUUGAUGUCCACAGUGAGCUUGCCUUCGCCGCCCAGCUCAAGGAAAUGCAGAACCAAAUUGCCUUCCUGGAGGAGCUGGUCGGGGAUAAGCAGCAGGAGGUGUCGGAGCUGCGGCAGAAAUCGGAGCUCUUCCAACACCAGCAGCGCGUCGGGGAGGCCUUCGACGUGCAGACCAAGCUUCUUCAGGCGCUUAAUGAUGACCUUCCAGCCUGUGAGGAGGCCGAGAGGACCAUGGAAAGGGAGCUGGAGAAGAAACUGCAUCAGGUCAAGAUGGAGAACAUAUACAUACCCCAAGACCACGUCAAAUACAGGGAGGAGCUGACGGAUGCCCUCAGCGCACAGAUCUCCCUCCUGCAUGAGCUCGGGGGGUCCAUGGAGGCGCGGACACAGCACGGGGGCGCCACCAUCAAGCUGCUGGCCGAUCUGCAGAGUAUCACCGAACUUGUGCAGAGGAGUGAGAAGGAGAUGCAGCAGGCAGCAGGUCUAGCAGUAGAAGAUGCGUCCCACCAGCUCGGCACCAAGGCAAUCAUCCUAGACGACGCUGGGUUUGCCUAGUAAGUCUCGUAGGGGAGGGUGAACGCUGGAAAGACCUGUAGUUGAUUAGACUUUUUCAUGUAUGUUUGUAAUAAAGUGCAAGAUUUUAAACAA